AUGGCCUGUGAACCAGGCUGCCCAGUCCCUGUGGCAUUUUUGUGGCAGAGUGGACUAUGGCUUCCUGAGAAUCUUGACCCUCUCAAUUUAAAAGCUCGUGUGGAGGAGAUUGAACGCAUUCUUGAAUAUAAUUUUACUACUGCAUUGUCCUCAGGCAGAUUGAACAAGAAAAAUGUCAAAAGCACACCUACACUGACGCCUUUCCUUCGCCAUGGCUUUGUGAAUUUAACUUCUGGUGGAGAGGAUCGGCCACAAUGUGUGGCAUGUCACAAAGUGUUGACAAAUGAAAGCCACAAGCCAUCAAAACUCUCAGCUCACCUCCAGAAGUGCCAUCCAAAUCUUCAAAAUAAGGAUCAGGCUUAUUUUCAGCGCCAGGCUGUAGCAUUGAAGAAUAUCCAGUUCGGCUCAUCUGGAAUUCAAGCCCAAAAGCUUCAAGCUGCGGUCGAAGCAUCCUACUGUGUUGCAUAUAAAAUUGCCGAACAACAGAAAUGCCACACCAUUGCAGAGAAUCUGAUUAUGCCUUGUGCAUACGAGAUGGUAAGCAAGGUAUGUGGGGAGGAUCAAGCGAAGAAACUGAGUGUCAUAUCUCUAUCAAACAACACCAUCCGCCGACGAGUUGAUGACAUGGCAUCAGAUAUCCUGUCCCAAGUUACAACAGAGAUCAAGGAAAGCUCAUAUGGCAAAUUCUCCUUGCAAUUUGAUGAAUCGUGUGACGUAGCCAGUUGUGCUGUUCUCCUUGGGUUCGUCCGUUACGUCCACCAGGACAAGAUCAAAGAAGAGUUCCUAUUAUGCGAGGAUCUGCUGACAACCACAAAGGGAGAAGAUGUCUUCAAUAUCAUCAACAGUUUCUUUACCAAGAAUGGAUUGGAUUGGAACAGCGUUCAACAGGUCUCCGUCGAUGGAGCACCGUCGAUGAUGGGUGGUCAUCGUGGAUUACGGGGCCUCAUACAAGCUAUCAAUCCAGAAAUUUCUGUAGAUCACUGCAUCAUUCAUCGGUACUCUCUUGGAUCGAAAAGCCUGCCUGGUAAUCUGAAGUUAGUGUUUGAAGAUGUGUUGAAAAUAUCGCAACUUCAUCAAGUCCAGAGAUGUGAAUUCGCGCAUAUUCAAGGAGCUGUGCAAGGAAAUGGGAGAGCAGUAUCAAGUUCUGCUCUACCACACGAUGUUCGCUGGUUGUCACGAGGCAAGGUUGUACGUCGAGUCAUUGAGCUCCGAAAAAGCUGUUCAGGAAUUCCUGGAACAAAAAGAAUCUCCUUUUGCUACCAAGUUCACCGAUAA